AUGGCACACUACGGAGGAGGUCAACAGCAGUACGGUGGUGGUCAGCAGUAUGAAGGAGGCCAACAACAGUAUGGAGGCGGUCAGCAAUAUGGCGGUGGAGCACCUCCACCGCCUCAAGUUCACCGUCCAUGGAUAGCACAAUGGGACCAACGCGAAAACCGCUACAUCUUCAUCAACGAACAGACCGGCGAGAGAACCUUCCAACACCCCAGCGAGCGAAGCGGUGGUAACGCCUAUGGCGGAACCUCAGCGGGCUACGACGGAGGCUAUGGCGGAGGUCAAUACGGUGGUCCAGGCCCCGCAAACUACGGCCCCCCAGCCCCAUCCUACCAACCCCAACAACCCCCACCAGCCUCCCACGAACAACAAAAGAAAGGAGGCAGCGGUCACGGCUGGAUGGGCGCAGCCCUCGGCGCAGCAGCCGGUCUCGCCGGCGGCGCCUUCCUAAUGCACGAGGGGCACGAAGCAAAAGAACACUACGAAGAAGACAAAUACCGCGUCGACCGCUUCGAAGACCGUAUCGACAACCGCUUCGACCGAGAAGAUGACCGUAUCGACAACCGUUUCGACCGCCUAGGGAACGAUAUCGAAGACGCCCCGGAAAAAGUGGCCGGCUGGGCAGGGAGGAAGGUCGGUGAGGUUGAAGAUUUUCCUGAAAGAGUGGAGAGGAGAUGGGACGAUGCUGUUGACGAUGUGGAGGAUGCGCCGGAGAGGAUGGCGGGGUGGGCGGGUGAGCGGGUGGGUGAUGUCGAGCGGCUCGGGGACAAUGUUGAUGAUGCGUAUGAUGCGGGUAGGGAUGAGGGGAGGUAUGGGGAUGAUGAUGGUGAUGAUCGGUGGUAG